AUGAGUCCAUACGCCUUGGCUCACGCCAAUCCUCAAGGACCUGGCGAUGCUCGGCCAACAGCCCUUCAAAUCAUUCAAUCACAGAAUCUCGAAGGCAGCCUUUCUGGAAAAGUUAUAGUUAUAACGGGCACAUCCUCGGGCCUUGGUGUUGAGACUGCACGAGCACUAUCCAAAACUGGCGCCACUCUCUUCCUCACAGCUCGCGACCUUGAAAAGGCCCGGCAUGCUCUCUGCGAUCUUCCGGACAGUCCAGGAGGGCAUGUCGAAUUCAUAAAAAUGGAAAAUAGCUCUCUUGCCAGUGUCCGAGCAGCAGCGUCUAACAUUCUAACGCAAUCAAACCAUCAAAUCAACAUCCUCAUCAACAACGCGGGUGUCAUGGCCAUACCCUCUCUCCAGCUCACUGCAGACGGCUACGAAAUGCAAUUCCAAAUCAACCACCUUUCUCACUUCCUUCUGUUUCAGCUUCUCAGGCCAGCGUUGUUGUCCAGCACCACCCCUGCGAUGCGCUCCCGAGUUGUCAAUGUCUCGUCUUCAGCCCACCGUAUGCCGACCGGCCCAUUCAAUUACUCGUUCAGAGAGGGUGGUUAUAAUCCCUGGGCUGCGUACGCGCAGUCAAAGACUGCAAACAUCUAUAUGGCUAACGAGAUCGACCGGCGAUACGGGAAUAUGGGUCUCCAUGCCACGAGUUUGCACCCGGGAGGUAUUGACACUUCUCUGGCAAGACAUAUAGAUCCCCAAGUGGUUGCGGCUUUCAAAGCAGAUGAAGCGUCGACGAAAAAAUUGAAAAGUCCACAACAAGGCGCAGCAACGACUGUGGUCGCUGCUGUAGGAAGAGAGUGGGAGGACAAGGGUGGAAGGUAUCUUGAAAAUUGUGAGGAAGCGCCAGAGGGCAAGGGUGAUGGCGACAUUGCUGGAGUAGGAUAUAUCUCGCAUACUUACGAUCCUGAGAGGGAAGCAAAACUUUGGAAGGACUCGAUGGAGAUGGUUGGAUUGAAGGACGAACUUUAA